AUGCCGGUGCACCUAGAUCGUCGAUCGUCUUCCUCGACGACCGCCGAGUUCACCGUGACGACACGCCCGCCACUCACCCUCGGCCUGCGCGUCCUGUUGGCCGCCGUUACCUUGGGCCGCAUCAUCAUCGCAGCCUCGGCCGUGCUGCUUCUCUACGCAAAGUGGGAUGAGGCAUUCCCCAAGUCCCACCAACAAUUAUCACCAUCAUCAUCAACGACUUCACAUCAUCACGACAACGUACCGCCUGGAGCGUCGUCGCCGCUGCUGUCCCCAGAAGGCUUCUUGGAGCUCGCCGUGCACCUGCUCCAGCUGAGCCUCGCCUCGCCGCCCGGCCGCGUCUUUGCGUCGCUGUCGGCGGCCAGCCCUGCCUACCUCCUCGCCCCGCUUUGCCUGGCGCUGCUGCACGUCUCCCAGCUGCGCAUCUACAGGUCCGAGACGCUGCUGGUCCUGCGGGGCCUCGGCGUCCAGACCAUCUCCCAGGGCGACGGCUUUAUUCUUCCGACGUUCGGGGGCCCCAAGAAUCGCUUCAUCCCGACCGAGAAGAUCAGGGACGUCGUCAUCAACGAGGCGCCGUUGGGCUUCGAGGUGCGCUUUUACUUGGUCAUCAUCGUCGAGGGGGAGGAGGAGCUCGUCGUCGUUUUUCCUCGUCUGUUGCCACGCAGGCCCGUCGUAGAAGCCGUGUGGAGGGGAGUCAGGGCAUGUCUUCAUGAACCAGAGUCUGUUGAACACUCAAAAUAA